AAGUGGGAGGUGGCGAGGCUUGCAACUGCCGUGGAUGUGCUCAGCUACCCUUACGUGAAGCCGGCAGACACCGUCGAGAUUGAGCAACUGGUCCAGGUCAUCUACCAACUGAAGGCCAUCCAUAGCGUUGACUUUGUGCACGGCGACAUUCUUCCUCGCAACAUUCUUUUUUGCAGCGACUGGGAAGGGCAUCCUGCGGCCUUUCUCAUCGACUUUGAUCUCGGCCGGUUUCUUGCUGCUAAUCCUGCCCACAACCCCGUCUAUGCCUCCAAUUUUGCCAGGGAAGGAAAGCCGCUGGAGCCUUUUCGUCACCCAUCUGCCCGGCGGAAUUUGCCAAUGCAGAAGGAGCACGAUGGCUUUGCCUUGGCACGUGUCAUGGAGAAGUUUUUGCAGGACGAUGAGGCUCGUCAGCAGCUGGUGGCUGCGUUGGAAGAGCUGCAGCUGGAUGACGCUGCCACGCUGUGUCAGAGGUGCUCGCUUUUGCCGCUAGACAAUGUUGCUGGGCUUGGCAAGGCCACGGGCAGUCCUCGACGUUAA